AUGAGCGUCCCGUCGUCACCCACGCUGUCCGACUCUGAGCUCCUCGACUCGCUCGAGGCCGACUUUGACCUCGGGUCCGAGCGCGAGCGGCGCAUGGCCGAGCUCCGCGACCAGGCGCAGAAGGUCCAGUCCCUCCGUGAGACCGAGUACGGUCGCGUCGUGACCUACGGUGAUGAGAAGAAGCUCAUUGAGCGCAUGUCGAAGGAGAAGUGGUGUCUCAUCCACUUCUUCCACCCCGAUUUCCCAAGGUGUCGCAUCAUGGACCAGCGUCUCGAGGAGAUUGCGCCAAAGUUCCCCCACACCUUGUUCCUGCGCGCCUCUGUCGCCGACAUCCCCUUCCUAGUCGGCAAGUUUGGCAUUCAGGUGCUGCCCUGCGUGCACGCGUUUGUGGACGGCGCCUGUGUCGACAGGUUGAUAGGCUUUGAGGAGCUGGGCCAGACGGACAGCUUCACGUCCAAGACGCUCGAGUUCCGCCUCAAGACCGCGGGCGUCCUGCACUCUGGCCCCGUCAUGCUGGCGCACCUCCUCCCGACCCAUUUGCAAAAGGACGCGGCCGGGUCGUCGGGCGAGUCGGACGAGGAGGACGACCGCCGGCACCGCGACAAGGCGACGCGGAAGGGCAAGACGGGCAUCCGGAACGGCCUGGCGUCGAGCAAGCUGGACGACGAGGAGUGGGACUAG